GGGACAGCCAGCCCCCACCAUGGUCUCCAUGGGACUUCAGCUGCUGGGCUACACCGUGGCCUUCCUGGGCUAUAUCGGCACGCUGACAGCCACGCUGCUGCCCAGCUGGAAGACCAGCUCCUACAUCGGCGCCAGCAUCGUGACAGCCGUGAGCUUCACCAAGGGGCUGUGGAUGGAGUGUGCCACAUACAGCACGGGCAUCACCCAGUGCGACAUCUACAGCUCGCUGCUCAACCUGCCCGCCGACAUCCAGGCAGCCCAAGCCCUGAUGGUGAGCUCCUGCGCCGUGUCCUCCCUCGCCUGCAUCCUCACCAUCGUGGGCAUGAGGUGCACUGUCUUCAGCCAGGGCUCACCGGCCAAGGACAGGGUGGCAGUGGCAGGCGGCGUGGUCUUUGUGCUCGGGGGGCUGCUCUGCUUCAUCCCGCUGGCGUGGAACAUCCACGUGGUGCUGCGGGAUUUCCGCAGCCCCGUCAUCCCCGACAGCAUGAAGUUCGAGCUCGGGGAGGCGCUUUACCUGGGCAUCAUCUCCUCCCUCCUCUCCCUCGUCGGCGGCUUCAUCCUCUGCACCUCCUGCCCUGCCCGGGACACAACGGCCAACUAUGCAAACACCUACCGGCACCCGGAAACCCGUGCCUCCCUCAGCACCCCAAAGUGCAUCUCUGUAUCCAUCCCCGUCAGUCCAGCCUUCUCCUUUGUGGACCUCACCAGCUUUGCUUUCAGCUUCUACCGCACAGCUUAG